CUCCUGCUCACUCUUCAGCCCCUCCCAUCCCGCCAGAAGCCCGAGGACUACAAGUCCCAGGAAGCUCAAACUGCACGUGCGCACACAGCUGCCCGCCCGAAGGACAGACCCAGGCUCUGUUUAUCUCGUUGGGGAUCGAGUCGUCGGUUGGCGCGCAACGGGUUCUAGGCUGCAGGCAGCGCCAGAACCCGCGGCCCCGCCCCGGCCCGGCCUGGCAGGUAGCAGAGGCAGCAGGCCGUGCCGGGGGGGCAUGUUGCUGUAACCAGUGGCCCAGGGGAUGUUACGGUGGACAGUGCACCUGGAGGGCGGGCCCCGCAGGGUGAACCAUGCAGCAGUGGCUGUCGGGCACCGGGUCUACUCCUUCGGGGGUUACUGCUCUGGAGAAGACUAUGAGACACUACGUCAGAUAGAUGUGCACAUUUUUAACGCAGUAUCCUUGCGUUGGACAAAGCUGCCCCCGGUGAGGCCUGCCACCCGCGGACAGGCUCCUGUGGUACCCUACAUGCGGUAUGGACACUCAACCGUCCUCAUCGAUGACACAGUCUUCCUUUGGGGCGGGAGAAAUGACACCGAAGGGGCCUGUAAUGUGCUGUAUGCCUUUGACGUCAAUACUCAUAAAUGGUCCACGCCCCGAGUGUCAGGAACAGUUCCUGGGGCCCGGGAUGGACAUUCGGCUUGUGUCCUGGGCAAGACGAUGUACAUUUUUGGGGGCUACGAGCAGCUGGCGGACUGUUUUUCCAAUGACAUUCACAAGCUGGAGACUAAUACCAUGACGUGGACCCUUGUCUGUACAAAGGGCAACCCUGCGCGCUGGAGGGACUUUCAUUCAGCCACCAUGCUGGGCAGUCACAUGUAUGUCUUUGGGGGCCGUGCUGACCGCUUUGGGCCAUUCCAUUCCAACAAUGAGAUUUAUUGCAACCGCAUCCGCGUCUUUGACACCAGGACCGAGGCCUGGUUGGACUGUCCACCCACCCCAGUGCUGCCCGAGGGGCGCCGAAGCCACUCAGCCUUUGGUUACAAUGGGGAGCUGUAUAUCUUUGGUGGCUAUAAUGCAAGGCUGAACCGCCAUUUCCACGACCUCUGGAAGUUUAACCCUGUGUCCUUUACCUGGAAGAAGAUUGAACCGAAGGGGAAGGGGCCGUGUCCCCGCCGGCGCCAGUGCUGCUGUAUUGUUGGUGACAAGAUUGUCCUCUUUGGGGGUACCAGUCCAUCUCCUGAGGAAGGCCUGGGAGAUGAAUUUGACCUCAUAGAUCAUUCUGACUUACACAUUUUGGACUUCAGCACAGCCAACAUGUCAUUUGAGGAGCUGUUGGAAUUGCAGAGCCGAGUGGGGACUAAGAAGUACAAACAAUUGAUAGCUGGAACCAGCAUUAGGAAGCAAGAUUCUAGACCACCUUUCCAAAAUGCAUGUGUUGCAGAUAAGCACAAGCCUCUGGAAAUGUCGGCGAAGGCCCGGGUGCCAUUUUUGCGUCAGGUUGUCCCCGUCAGUAAGAAGGUGACCCGGGACCCCCGCUUUGAUGAUCUGUCAGGGGAGUAUAAUCCUGAGGUGUUUGACAAAACAUACCAAUUUCUGAAUGAUAUCCGGGCCAAAGAGAAGCAGACUGUGAAAAAGCAACUGAAGAAGCACCAUUUAGGGGAGGAGCGUGAGAAACUGCAGCUGCUGCUUCAGCGGAUAGAGCAGCAAGAAAUGGCACAGCAGGAACGAAAGCAGCAGCAGGAGCUACGCCUGGCCCUGAAGCGGGAGCAGAGGGCUCAGGCCCAGCAGGGCCAUCGGCCAUACUUCCUGAAGAAAUCUGAGCAGCGUCAGUUGGUCCUGGCUGAGAAGUUCAAGGAGCUGAAACGCAGCAAGAAGCUGGAGAGCUUCUUGAGUCGAAAGAGACGCCGAAACGCAGGAAAGGACAGGAGACAUCUCCCCUUGAGCAAAGAGUAAUAAGAACUGUUUUCAGCUCUGCCACUGUUCCAAUGAGACAUGGGUCUGUGGGGACAACCUUGGGCUCAGCCUGUUCUCCUGGCCAAGGGCAGGACCACAGCUGCCCUUGAGCUAGAUUGGCUCAGAGAAGAUUAGAGGGUUCUUGGCCAGCCCUUAGGGCUGGGCAAGAAGAGCAGCAGAGGCCUCUGCUUGGAUCUGGAUCAUCAUAUCUUUGGGCCGCUCUCACUUUUGCGUUAAUCUGAUGCCUCUGGUACAGAAGGGGCCAGUGAAGGCCACAGAGUCUGUUGAUGGCUCCCAGGGCUGGGCCUUUAUGCAGGAGUCACUUUAUAAACAUUCUUAACAUUCUUGUCACUCAUCUUUUUAUUCUGCUUUUCUGUGGGAUUUGUGGGUAGCCUAGAAUUACUGUUUUAGUGGGCCACGUGUGGGGUAGACAGCAAAGCUUGUGGCUUCUACAAAAUGGGAAGUCACAUCAGAGACCCUCCUAUUUAAAUCUGGGUCCCCAAAAGAUGACACCAUUAUUUAAAGGAUGAUCAGUCCCACAAAGGAAAACUCACCCACUUAGCUUUGGUUUUAUAUGCAAGCGGAGAUAGGAGGCGGGAACAAAAGGUUUUCCUAGUAGUAUGUAACCACAGCUGGCCCUCAUACCAUUUGAGAACAGAAUUCAUAUUACUAAUGUGAUCUGGAAAUCCCUCGAGCUGAUAAUUCAGUCAUGAUUUAUGUCUGUUACAAGACAGUGUUGACCUCCACAUACCUUCAAACUGUUAUUUCCCUCAACCAGGACCCAGACUGGACAUAGGAAAGCUCUGCGCUUUUUUUUUUUUUUUUUUUGGGAACAGCUUUAUUGAGAUGUAAUCCACAUACCAUAAAAUUCACUCAUUUAAAGUAUACGAUUGAAUGGUUUUUAGUAUAUUUAAAGUUGUGUAACCAUCACCACAGUCAUAAAACAUUUUCAUCACCCCAGAAAAA